AUGGCUUCGGACAUCCCCAAAGUCGUUCCUUUGACCUGUCAUGGACAUUCGCGCCCUGUUCCCCAUAUCAGCUUUUCUUCCAUAGUGGAAGAUGAUCAGUAUUACUUGAUCUCGGCAUGCAAAGAUAACAAUCCUAUGCUCCGUGAUGGUAUUACCGGCGACUGGAUUGGAACGUUUAUGGGACACAAAGGCGCAGUAUGGCAGGCUCGUCUAUCGGCAGAUGCAAACAUAGCAGCUACCGCCGCUGCCGAUUUUUCCGCUAAGGUCUGGGACACGCACACAGGCGAGUGCCUUCACACGCUGCAGCACUCGCACAUUGUCCGGGCGGUCGCAUUUCCUAUCCAACUGAACCCUCAGGUUCUUGCCACCGGAGGCGUCGAAAAGAAGCUCCGCAUCUUUGACCUCACCCGGAGCGACUCCAACGGGUCAUCCUCGGGCUCGACGAACGGACCUAGUUCGGGAUCCGAGUCCACGACGAGCUACGAAAUCGGGCCCGGCGUCCACGGGGGAACGAUCAAGUCCAUUGUCUGGAACCAAGACUACAACAUCCUCACCACGGCAGCAGAGGACCGAAAGAUUCGAUGGUGGGACCUGCGGUCACGACAUCCGGUUGUCGAGUACUCGGUCGAGGGCACCAUUGGCAGCUGCGAACUCAACAGCCUGGCCACCAUGCCGAACGACCCGGGCAUCCUGAGCGUCGCCGCCGGGAAGAGUGUGUAUCUGUUCGAUGGCGCAACGCCGGGCCGAUUGCUCAAGAAGGUCGACUUCAAGUACGAGGUCGCCAGUGUGGCCGUGAACAACGAGACUGGUCGUUUCGUCACCGGUGGUGCGGGAGAGGACACCUGGGCUCGAGUCUACGAUUUGCACACCGAUGAGGAACUUGAUGACAAUGAUGACGACGACGAUGAUGAAUCGUUCAUUCAUCAAAUCAAUCGAUUAAAACUUGUUUCACAAACAAACGUAUAUCAACAAUAG